AACAAAUUUCAUCGUCUAUAUUGGCAUUGCCCAACUUAUUAGGCGUAUAAUAAACUUUGCACUUAUUUCAAUUUCUGCCGUCAGUACGCGGAUAAGUGCAUGAUUAAAUUGCAUAGUUUCUUACCAGUGUUCUGCGAAACUGCGCGACGUAAAUACGUGUUUCAGAUCACGAUGUCUAUAAAGGAAGCCGAUCUGGUCGAAGUCUACAAGAACGACCCCAAACUGAAGCCAGAGGAUGUUAAGAGUCUUUGGGAUUGGGCGGACAAACAGCCGCACUUGCCGAAAAUGACAGAGAUGCAAGUAGUGCUGUUUCUCCAAAGUUGUUACUACAGUAACGAGAUGGCCAAAACUACAAUCGAUAAUUACUUCACUGCAAAAACGUUGUGUCCCGAAAUUUUUGGCAACAGAAACCCUGAUGAUCCUCAAGUGGAAACGGCAAUGAAUGUAAUGAUGGUUGCCCUGCUGCCAAAGCAAACUCCGGACGGCUACUCGGUGAUUUACAUAAAGUUGAUGAACUCAAACCCUGACAUCUACAAUUUUCCACUUCAAAUCCGUUGUUUUGAUAUGUACACCUUGCUAGCGCUACAUCAGGUGGGACCUAAAGAAGGAAUGAUAAUGCUCGUGGAUAUGAAGGGGAUCGUUUUUGGUCACUUUCUGAAGCUCAGCGUCGUAAUUAUGAAGAAAUUCCUGUACUACCUACAGGAAGCAAUGCCUAUCAGGCUGAAAAGUUUAGAAUUCUACAAUAUCGUACCUUUUAUGGACAAAAUUCUUGCAAUAAUGAAGCCUUUCAUGAAAAAAGAACUCAUAGAUGCACUAUAUUUACAUACAACUAUGGAGAGCCUGUAUAGUCGCGUUCCACAGGAUUUGCUACCUCAGGAAUAUGGUGGUUCCACUGAAUCUCUAGAGAUAUUACAUGAAAAGUUUAAAGCUCUGUUAAACGAUAACAAAGAAUUUCUCAAAUUUCAAGAUUCACAAAUUGUUGAUGAAUCCAGAAGACCAGGAAAACCAAAGAAUGUAGGAGAUGUGUUUGGAAUGGAAGGAACAUUUAAAAAACUAGAAGUUGACUAGCAUCUUCAUAAAUUUUAAACCUGUUUGUAUAUAUUUAUAUUCUUUGUUAUUGGUUAUUUUUUAAAUAAAUAAAUUAGAAGAUAGUUGUA